UCCCUUUUAAUUGACGUCAGAGUUUGUUUGAAAAUGGCUGCUGCUUAGCGAUGCACAGCUGAAGAACUAUAUUAAAGGAAACAGCAAAUAUCAAAAUGGCAGAUUCUUCAGGGAGUCCGAAGAAAAAAGGGACAAGGAAGUCCCAGAGACCGGAACCACUUGGAGAAGAGGGACAGUCAACCCCGGGAACACCAUCUCCUGCCAAGUCUGGAACAUCUACGCCAUCAAAGGCGGGAACACCAGUUCCUCAGGCAUCGCCGACUAACUCCCCAGCAGAACAAAAAUCUGAGGAUCCCAAAGAUGUCCCAAAGAAAGAAAGGGCCCCACCCUCUCCCACUAAGUCAGUGGAGACUAAGAAGAAGGAAUCUCAGUCUGUUGAGUUCACCAGCAUUGACCCUAAGGCUUACGGUAUUGAGUUUGAGGAGGAAGAGUUUGUAUUUGAUCCCCCGGCCAAUGACCAGGCCCUUCCUGACCUGUACCGUCUGCUGGACACAUUGGAGGGCGGCGACAACGAGCUGGAGACAGAGAGACAACCACCUGCUCUAUUUACCCGACCAGAACAUCUCCCAAGAUUUCAGAAAAUCUCAGAGCUGAAGCAGGAGAUUGAGGAUGCUGAGCUGGGACCUCACCUGGAGCAGUUUGAGGAGGGAGUAAAAGACGAUGUGGUGAUGCUUGGACAGAUUUCACUGGAGGAUGUCCAGGAGGAGGAGAAACACCUGAGGGAUGAACACAUCAGAUACAUGGACCAGGAGGCUGAAAGAAAGCGAAAACAGAAGGAGGAGUUGCUGAGGAGAGAAGAAAUGGCCAAGAAACGUGUCGCCGAGGAAACCAAGCUGAAGAGGGAGGAGAUUAUGCGCAGACUUGAAAUGCUGAGGCAGAAAGAGAAAUUGUUGAUGGACCGUCUACACCGGGCCUACCGACGAGCAGAAAGUCAGCUUGUCAGUGUCCUUGAACGUAGAAAGGGAGAGAUCAAGACAUUCUACGGUGACCUAAUGACCAUUGAUGGUCAGUAUGGAGGAAGUCAAGGUCGUCGCUGGAAGGUCGACUGGGACAAGACUCCACAACCUAUACAGGUCAAACUAGGUUGUCUGCGUGGGAUCAGGGACAAACUACCAGGAGGCCGCUAUGUGUUGAUGGUGUCCCUGUACAACAGACUGGGAGGUCAUGUGCUGCGCUGGGCAAAACUCAAGAGUCAGAUGUGGGGAGCGGCCAGUCUUCCUGUCCAGCAUGAUGGCUACUUCUACAACACAGAGAUGAAGUUUGACCAGAGUGUGUUUACCGUGCUGCCGUCGAAAGCCUCCCUGAAGCCUGGUAUGGUAUUGGUGUUUGAACUGUUCCUAUUGCGAGGAGCGACUGUAAAGUCUGAUCGUGUUGUGGGCUGGGGAAGCUUCCCAAUCUGUGACGCCCAGUUUGAUAUUAUAGAGGGAAAGUACAAGUGUCCAUUCCUGCGAGGAGAAAUGGAUCCUAACAUAGAGAAACAUGAGACAGUGGAGGAACUCGUGGCCGGAGACCUUGACCACUGGCUCUGUAACAUGUACCUGGAGAUCGUCAAGUUACCCAGGUUCCUGGCAGGUCAGAAGGAAUAUGAGGUAGAACUGGAGUUUUCCUCAACACUUACUGCCUACCCAGAUAGAGUGAAGACUGGAGGGGAGGAAUGCAGGGAUGGAGAGAACCCAGAGCCUGGUUCUUCUUCCACUGUAGGUUCAGAACAGGAACCCGAUAUAGGAACAUCACGUGACAGUCUCAAAUCUCCAUCUUUUUAUGAAACAGACAAUGACGGAGGUCGUUCAGUGAGAUCAACUGCUACAACUACCAAGGUCAAUCUCAAUGAGGCCAACAUGCUGGAAACAACAACCUAUGGCUCACGAAUCAUUCAUAAGGACAGGAAAAUGCACAUGGCCAUCGGAGACGACUCGGAGGAAAGUGAUUCCGAUAUUGACGACAUGUACGCCAUCAAGAAAGGACAAGAGUUCAAACAAGUCAAAGGCAUGCCAGGAAUGUUUUAUAAGCAUUACAUUAACAACCCCCAAGAUGAGUAUAACAAGAAGCUGUUCUCCAUGUUGCCCAAAACAAACCUGCUUGCUCCGCCAAAGAGCAGGAAGAAGCUGACACGCGUGGAACAACUGGAACAACACUCUAUCGCUGUACAACCUGCAUUUGCUGGUAAGGGCAGCACUGCACGCAAGAGUUACGAAAAGUUGCAGUAUGUGGGGCGUCAAUUUCUGUCGGAGCUAGGACUUUCACAGUGGAGAAGCCGAGAGUUCUGGGGGAUGAUCAUCAUGUUCAUUGUGAUAUUCUUUAUGAGGAUGUACAUGCAUUACAUAGGACAGUGGUUGUAUCUACAUGUCAUCAACAUUCCUGUCAACUCAUUCAACUUCCUGCCCUACACGGUGGAACUGAACUACCAGCCGACACUGUUAGCGACGAGGGAAGAGAUUGGAGUGGUUUGGUCUGGCCCGCUAUUGAACCUCGUUAUCUUCUGUCUUUUCAUUAUCUUAGUCUGGAUAUCACAACUGUUGUUUGGACUUUUCCCCGACCUUGGAUGCAAAUUUGUUAUUGUUUACGGACUUCACACAUUCCUUGACCCUCUGACAAUCCUUAUCGUGGACGCCUCUCUUGGGCGCCAAGAGGUGACAGCGAUCAAUCCGAUCGCAGAUUUUACAAAACUGUACUGGCACUUUGAUACGGUUGAGGGAUCGGGACUGGCUGGAAUCUUCCUCACUGCGUUUAUCUACGUCUUUCACAUGUUCAUGACUGCUUCCUGCCUCUAUAUGUACUUCCUCAGGCUCCAUAACAAUGGCCGUUUGCUGGAUGUGUACUGGCGUCUCCGUGGCGACGAGGAUAAGUUCUUUAUCCCAUAUGACCUUGAAGUCUCCAACCAGGAACUCAAUUACAUUGCAAAGAAGGCGGAGAUGUGGCGUGGGGAGGAGGGCGAGAGACGCAAGGUGGCAGUGUUUGACUACAUUUGGGAGGAGGAAGAUGUCGAGGACAGCAUCUGGGACGAGAAGGGAAUUGAGAAUCGGGAGAAACAAGAUGGACGCAAGGAGAUCACAACCCAUUUAUCUAUCCACACCGUACACUUGGAUGGGUUGCGGGAACUGUAUCGUCAUUUCCUACGUCUACCUGACGGUGCCAUUGUUGAGGUAUUUGGAGACAUCAGUAUUCCAGGAAUGGACAAGGAUAUCAAGAAUGCUCUGGUGAAAGGCUCCAAGGGACUGGAAAAACUCAUGGGCUCUCAGGAUAGCCUUAAUAAGGUCAAAGGUCGACAGACUGUUCACACCCGCAGUGGUUUCCAUGCCGACUCACCCACGCCAAGCAGUGCUGGGUCCUCCAUGGAAGACAUCAAGAGGAAAAAACACAUGUAACUGUGGCACCAACUUUGUGUUAAGAUCAACAAUACUGGGCUUUAUGAAGAAGAAAACCAAAUAAAAGUGAAAAUCGGACAUUUCAAAAAUUGAAUUCCAAAACAAGUAAAUGGCAGUUUGAGAAGGAUAAAGUUAUGCAGAAUGUGCUUAAAAUGAUUCACAGUUGACUACAUUUAACUCAUUCACCCCUGAAAUUUCUUAAUGAACUAUUCCAACCUUUGAAUUGGAAGAGUUCAAAUGUGUCUUCAGGGGUGAAUUGAAUAAGUUAAACACAAAUUUAUGGGAAUAAUGUUUGUUUCUGCUUUUAUUUGUAACACUGCUCUGCUAAUGCUUUCCAUGAAGAUAGUUUUUGAUUCCAAGAUUAGAAACAGAUUUCCCAGUGAUGCUGGCUAUCAAAACAAUUUUUACUGUGAUUGGACACUAAACAAAGAAACAGUGUGUUGUAAAAUGGGCUGAGGUAGUGUUAGGUUGUACAACUGUUGGCCUCAGAGCAGAAAUUUACAAUUAAUGCUUCGCUGAUUGGGUGGGGUGCCUAUGGACCAGUGUGAUGAAUAUUAAUAAAAAGAAAUACGGCAGAAUUGUGAAAUUAGCACAAACAAUUUGAAAUCAGACUAAGUUGAAUAUUGUCUAUUAUGCAAUGGUAGAAGUGAGGAUUUAUUUGAUAAAACAACAUCAUGAUAUAAUUCAUAGCACACUUUUAUGGCAGUGUCAGAUUUCUUUUGUUUUAUUUCUGGAUUUUUUUUACAGUGUUUUAAAUUCAUGCAGCACUGCAAGUGGUCAAAAUUAAAUCUCUUUUAGAACAACGGCAAAUUUACAUAGGUUGGUUUUUCACAGAUAUUUUUGAGGUUGGAUAUAAAACUCAGUGAAAUAUAAUCACUAUACAGUUACUGCUGUUAAUGGUUUUCUUGUGAUAAAACGCUGAGCCUGGAACCUGAUCCUUUAACUGUGUUAUGCAGGCUCCGUUUCAUCACUAUCCCCAUAAACUACACUAAGUUCUUGUUUCUCAAUAUUAAGCUCUUCUGUUUAGAUCUGUAGAACAACAACAAAUCUAAUUUAUAUAUCUAAUUAAUUCAAUAUCAAAUCUGAUUAUUGGAUAGUUUCAGAUUGGUUAGGGCUGGUUUGAACAACCUUGGACAUAGACUGCUCUACACAAGUAUAGUUUAUUAUGAUCACUGAAAUGUUACGUAUUAAAGUUCUUGUUUCCCGAAGGAAACUCAUCUGUUUAGAUCAGGGGAACUAGGAGAUAGACUUAGUAACAAGUUUUAAAUAAAUCUUAUCAAAUGUUACUAGACCUUAAAUUACUGUAUUUGUGUUAAAUGUGUUCCUGAAAUUCAUUGAUCUGGGGCAAAACAUUUUGUGCAAAAAAUAACGCAAUAAUUGAAAGUGUUUUCAAUGUAAAAAGGAUUUUCUUCUCAAAAAAUGUUCAGGUGCAAAUGUUUUGUAUGUAGUUUGGAUUGCCCAUUGAUUUCUUGCACAUGUAGCUAUAUGUGGAGUUUUCAUAUCAAAAUACUAUUAUUAAGUGGUUUCGCUUCAGUUAAGGAUGAUUUGAACACCCAUUGACUGUUUGUUCAACACACGUAUGGUGUAAUGUAAGCUUUGAGUUGUUAAGAUUUUAUAUUCUACUAAGCUGGACUUAAAAACGUCAAUUUUAGACGAUUUUGUUAUAUAUACAUCCAUGUAAGCAGGUCUUACCUUUCUAGAACCGUUUGUAAUGUACCUAAUCCAUUGUAGAGUUUUAGCGCAUAGAUGUUACACUUUCACCUUAAAUAAUUGUAUAUAAUUUAGUUGUAUAACUGAAAAUGUGGGUUUUUUUGUUCAGAUAUUGUAUUUUCAUUUAAUUCUAAAAUAUCUGCAUGCUAAUUUAUUACAAGAAAUUUUCGUUAAAAAUAUUAGAUGGCCAUCACUAUUGAUACUAGAAAAGGAAAAGUUUUAAAAAUUCAAAUAAUAAAAAAAUUCAUGUUAACAUCAGUUUUAACCUUAGAAAAAUAAUUUAACAAGAGAUCUAGAUACGCUAAUAAGUUUUUUUAAUAUUAUUGAACGAAUUAAAAACAAUUUUAUUUGAUAAAUUGAAUUACAAUGGGAUCAUAUAGUUCCACUUAACUCACAAACCAAAGUGUCAAGGUCUCACUGUACACACAAACCAACAUGUCCUGACUAACAAGGUUCUACUGUAUGUACAACAAAAGUGUUGAGACAAUUACAAUGCUCCAUUCAGAUGUUUAAAGGAUAAUUGUAUAAAGUUUUAAAGAAAUGUACUUAGUGUGAUGGGCCUUCAAAAUUUUUAAUUGAAUUAGCGAUAGGUGAUAUUGUUUUUGAUAUAGGUUGAUUACUAAUAACUAACAGUGAUAUUUUUUAUUUAAUUCACCUUAUUUAGAGGAAGAACAAUAGAUUGAUGAUUUAGAACUCUUUUGGUUUUUGUAGUUUCAAUUGGCAGAGUUCAAAUUCUUCAAACAAUGGUUUUAUUUCAGAACAAUGGUAAUGAUUUCUAUAUCGAGUCAGAUGUUACAAGUUUUCUACCUUAAGAUGUUUGAUUUAAACUGGAAAAUUCUUUUUUUUUUUCUCAAGUUUAGAUUGUGUGUGCAAUAUCUUUAGUGUCUAAAAACUUUUUUAAAGAGUUCUAAAUUUGUUUUUACGUCUCCUCAUAAUUUUCUUAUAUGCAAGCAUCAUGCUCUGAUAUUUGAUUUGAAAUAUCUUUUCCUUGUAUAAUUUUUUGUUAAAUAUAGAAUGCUUAGUUAGAAAACAUUUCUGGCAAAUGUUUAUAUGUGUUUAAUAUAUAUCUUGAUAGACAGGUAAAUAAUCGUUUUUGUUUAUUUUAUUGUAAUAAUUAAUAUAGGUCAAGGUAACUCAAAGGUCAAGGUGACUAAAGGUUGAAUUAAAAAUUGUUGCUGAAUUAGGAACUAAAUUAAAUGGAUUUUGACAAAUGUUAGAAGCUGGUAUUUUUGUAUUCAAAGUGUUUUUACAAAUCAAUUGAGCAAAACAAAUCC